UUGAUUAGAAAAUUUUAUCGAAACGAAGUCUCGCGAGAGCUUUCUGCUCUCUCGAUCACGUAAAGCAUCUUGUAUAAUUGCUCCGAUCGAUCAAUCACAACACAUUCAUCAUCGGUUCUUCGGUUGUUUUAUCAGGAAAUGGCGGAAGAAAUCGCCAAACUCGUCGGAGUUCUCUUCGACGACAAGGCAUCAUCUUCAUCGAAUGAUAUUAGACUUCGGUCUGAAAAAUUAGGGCUCGAGAAGCUUUAUUUGAUCCUCAAACAAGGCGUUGAAACGAACAGUGAUGGAAAAUUAGGGCUACAAAGCUGGGACCAUGCUCAGAUUCAAGCGGUUAUGUCCUUGGCAUACGCGAUUGUCUCUUCAACUCGAUCCAUUUCUGUCGAGCAAGUAGAACCGAUCAUUGUUGCUGUGAUGGAGCAGUCGUUGGAGUUUGCCGUUUGUUGUUUGGAGAAGUCAGUUGCCAACAGUGAUGAUAUAAGUUUCAUUCAGUUAUUGGAGAUCGCACUAGUUGAUGGAACAAUUAAAGAGGCCGAUGUGUCACAUUCUUCUUCUAUGAAUCUGCUUAUAGACUCAUUGAAUUCAAUCCCGUUGAGAAAUGAGAGUGUUGAAUUGCAAGACCAUAUUGAAUGUAUUGUUCAAGGGAAUAGUUGUUCAAAGGAAAAGAAGCCCGUGGAUCGUCUUCUUAUGACAUUAGUUUCCGAUUGGACACAACAUGAAAAUAUGAACUCAUGGACAAUUGGAAGGAGUUCUCAUGAUUUCAAUAAAUUGGUUCCACUGUUACAGCACUGGGCAGUUGUUCACCUAGGAUGCAUACAGCGCCUUGUUUCACAUUGCAUGGGACUGGUUGAGAAUUUUGAUAGGUGUGAUGAGAAGAUGGACAACAUCAAUUUACGGAAGAGAUUGUCAUUUUGUGCAAGAAUUUUCAAAUUACUUGCAAGUGUUACCAAAGAUGCUCCAUAUGUUGAGUAUGAUGCUAAACUGUUGGGAUCUUUUGCAUCAUUUACCAAUGCGCUCCCUAGUUUGUUUAGAAGUGGAUAUGAAUUUGCCACAAGCAAUGUGUCUGUUGAGUUCAAUAUUGAAAGUCUUGUGUUGUUGCUGUUGGAGGCGUUUCUUCACCUAGUUCAUACCAUUUUCUGCAACAGCAACGUGUUCCAGAACAUCUUGGUAGGUGUAAUAGUUUCUGUAUUUGAAAAUCUGGAUGUUGAUGUGUGGAGGUAUGACAAGUCUAUGACAAACAUAAAGCUGCCAGUGGCUUACUUCCCUCGAAUUGUUCUUUACAUUCUGAAGUUAGUUGAGGAUAUAAAGAAGCAACAGUAUCAGGCUCUGGAAUUGAAGGGUUUACACGCUGGAAAUAGUGGCAGUUCUGCUGACUCUCAGGCCGAUCCCUUUUUAUGUGGUGUGGGUUCUGAAAGGAUCUCUUUGGUAAAGAAGUACAGUGUCGAGGAGUUGCUGAAAGUGAUAUUCCCAACAUCAAGGCAAUGGGUGGACAAGUUAAUGCACCUUGCUUUCUUUCUCCAUUCUGAGGGAGUGAAGAUGUUACCAAAACUGGAUAGAUCCUAUUCCAGCUGUACAAAGGCCUCUUCUACCUUGGAACCUGAAAGCACAGUUUGCCAUGAGGAUGAAGCGCUGUUUGGUGACCUUUUUUCCGAGGGUGGGCGCUCAGUAGGAUCAACGGAUGGAUAUGAUCAGUCGGUUAUUGCUGCUAGUUCUGUUACCAAUAUGUCCAAUAUGCCUCUCCAUGCUGCCACAGAAUUGUUUAUCUUUUUGAAGACAAGUGCCUUUUCACCUGAAUGGCAUUCUUCAAUAUAUGAGGAUGCAUGCAAAAAGCUCACUUCAUAUCAUAUCGAUAUCAUUCUUUCUGUUCUCAGUUGUCAAGGGUGUCAUGCUGGAGAUAGGGCUUCUGAUGCUGGUGUAUCUUUGUCUGAGCAUAGGAAGUUCAUGCAUACUCAUGAGGUUUGCUAUGAGGUGUUGCACAACUUAAUCUCGUUCCAUGCUUUAUCUGAAUCACUCGAAGAGUACCUUGUCUGCAAAAUAUUGAUCGUAGAUAAUGGUUCUUUUGUAUACAACCAUCAGACCCUUGCCUUAUUAGCUCAUACGCUUAUAUGCCGGGUUGGUAUGUCUGGUAAUCAAUUGAGGACAAAAGUCCAGAAGGUAUUUGUGGAAUUUGUUUUUGAGAAGGUAAAAUCAGUCUGCACACGUUGCCCUAGUCUCAAAGAACUUAUCGAGACUCUUCCCUCAGUGUUGCAUGUUGAGAUUCUUUUGAUGUCAUUUCAUUUAUCGUCUGAAGCAGAAAAGGCAGUACAAGCGAACUUCAUAGUUUCAUCCAUUAGAACAAUUGAGCCUCUCUGUGAUGGUUUUAACAGCACCCAAUUGUCAUGCUGGGCAUUGCUAGUAUCGCGGUUGGUAUUGAUUCUUCGGCACAUGAUAUUUUAUCCCAAUGUUUGUCCUCCAACGUUACUUUCAGAGUUGAAGUCCAAGUUAAGGGAAGCUCCACUUGCUAGGUCAGUUCCGGCUGGUAAUGCAAGUAACCGUAUGUUCUGGGCAUCAACUUUCGUAGAGAAUGUGAUGCGUAUUUUUACCAUAGAAGGGGAAGUCAGCAGCAAUUUUUUGAAUCAGUUGAUUGAUGUCACAUCCUUCACGGCUUCAGCAUGCAGAGAAGAUCUUGCGGUUGAAUGCUUAGGUCUGAAUUGGGCUGAAGUAUGUUCUUCUUUUUCUUGGAUUCUAGGGUUUUGGAGAGGCAAAGGUGCAUCGACCAUGGAGGACUUGGUUCUUGAAAGAUACAUUUUUAUGCUUUGUUGGGAUAUCCCUCCCAUGCACACUACCUUGGAUUUGCUUCCUUCAUGUAGUGACCUUCAGACGCUUGACAUCACUAGUAUAGAACAUCUUUUGUACUUUGGUCAUUCAAUCUUGGGCAGUUGUGGAGUUGCCAAGAGUGCUAAUUUUUCAAAAUUAGUGUUCUCUGUGCUAGAACAGUUGCAAUCAAUGCCCAUAUCAGAGGAAACCGAAGAACUAGGCUUGGACUUUCUGAGGAGUGGAUCAUGGUUAGCUCUGGUACUGUCCUUACUUGGAGCUGGAAAUCAGAGAUAUUGCAUUAGUAAUGAAAUUGCUUCAGCCGGUCUAGUCUUGCUGGAGCACACAUCUAGAGAUGCUGAAUUUCUUACACUUGCUGAAAAGCUGAUCGGCAGUUCACUUCAGUCAGUCACAGUUGCAGUGUUGUUGAAAGCGUUGUCGGUAAUAUUACUGAGGUACAGAAAUGUUUACCAGAAAACCUUACUUUCUACUUUUGGUGAUGGCCAGAGCUCUGCCAAUAGGUUUUCACCUAUAUUGCUUCUCAAACACACGGGAUUUGAGAAGUCCCUUCAGGAUGUGCUUUUUGAGAAGUGCGCUUUCAGCCCUUGUCAACUGGAGUCUAUUUGUGAACUUUUGCCGAAGUUGGGUAUUGCUGUUGAUAAGAUGGCACCAGGAAUCUGGAAUAAGGUUAAUUUUGAACUUAGAAUGCACGGAUUCCCGUGUAACAAUCAAGUUUCUAGUGGGUUUCUGCUUUCUUGCAUUCUCAGCAUUAAAGGAAUCGUAUGUGUUCUAGAUGGACUUCUCAAGAUGAUAAAUGCGAAUGAAAUGACCUCCAUUGAAGCUGAAGUACGCCAUGAGAUUCUGGAGUUGAUUUUGUCAAUUAAAACUGAUAGGGUGUUUAGCAGCCUCCAUGCUCAAUGUGAUGCAAUUUACGAAAACCUGAGUUAUGGCUUGGAAGAGUUUGAUUACAGAAGUUUCUUUACAAUGAAGAACAUGUACGAGUUUUUGAAAGAUAUUAAUGCUAGAGAAGUUGUCGAUAGCUGUGUUAAUGAAUGUGUAGUGUCCAAGGCUAUUGAUAUUAUAGACAGCAUUGUGAAGGAUUCUUCAAGGGCAUCUGUGUUACAAAAAUUCAUGUCUGAUGGUGAUGGUUCUGAACGGAUGGAAAAUGCAUGUAGUUCUCAGCAUGGGGAUCUUUUGGUCUUCGUUGAUGCAUUGGAAAAUUGCAACUCUGAAUCGGCUAAUGUGAAGGUUCUUAGUUUCUUUGUUGAUCUUUUAUCUGGAGAUGCAUGUCCUAAUCUCAAACUGAAGCUGCAAAAGAAAUUCCUCAACAUGAAUUUGCUUCACCUUUCCAAAUGGCUGGAAAAGAGGUUAUUAGGGUCCACAAAUGAACCCUCAGGUGAUCCCAUUUGUGUAAAUGGAAGCUCAUCAUCCCUAAGAGAAUCAACCACGAAAUUCAUCGUGUCUCUUUUGUCUCCUCCCGAAUCACAAUCUGAAGAACUACAUUAUCAUAUAUACGAGGCUCUGCUAGAAUCCCUUGAUAGCGCCUUUACGCUGUAUGAUGUCAAUACGGCAAAAUCCUAUUUGAAUUUUGUUGUUCAACUUUCAAGUGGAGAGGCCUCGAUGAAACCACUUUUGCAGCGGACGGUGAUGCUUAUGAAGAAACUGGCGUGUGAUGAGCGUCUGCUUCAAGGCCUGAAAUUUCUUCUAGGUUUUCUUGGAUCCAUGGUAAGUGAUUUUGGGUCUAAUAAGAACACUGCUGCGAAGUUAGUUGAGAAGUCUUCACGUAGGAGUGGUUCUGGGAUAGGACAGGUGGCCUCAAGGUCUUUGGGUUCAAGGAAACACCAUGAUGCAUUGGUUCUUUCUUCUAAUCAAGAAGGUGGAACCACAUCUCUUGAUUGUGAUGCAACUUCAGCUGACGAAGAUGAGGAUGAUGGAACAUCGGACGGAGAAGUGGGUAGCAUGGAUAAGGACGAGUUUGAUGAUAGUAACAGUGAAAGGGCCCUUGCUUCUAAAGUUUGUACAUUUACAUCCAGUGGCAGCAAUUUUAUGGAACAGCACUGGUAUUUCUGUUACACAUGUGAUCUGACUGUGUCCAAAGGCUGUUGUUCUGUGUGUGCAAAAGUUUGUCAUCGUGGACAUCGUGUUGUCUACUCCCGAUCAAGUCGGUUCUUUUGUGACUGUGGAGCAGGGGGUGUACGAGGUAGCAGUUGCCAGUGUCUGAAGCCUAGGAAAUUUACUGGAGGUAACAGCGCACCCACGCGCAGUGCUGGUAAUCUUCAUUCAUUUCUACCAUUCACAGAGGAAGGGGAUCAGCUGCCUGACAGUGAGUCGGAUGUUGACGAGGAUGGUUCGUUGGAUAUGGAUAACUCCGUCAGAUUAUCUUUUCCAAGGGAAAUACAAGAGGCAAUGCCAUCAUUGGUAAAAGGACUUGAUGUUGAAGAUCGUGUGCUUGAACUUUGCUCCUCGUUGUUGCCAUCAAUAACUAGCCGACGAGACUCAAACCUGUUGAAGGAUAAGAAUAUUUCGAUAGGUGAAGACAAAGUGCUUAGUUUUAGUGCUGAUCUUCUACAGUUGAAGAAGGCGUAUAAAAGUGGUUCACUGGAUCUAAAGAUAAAGGCAGAUUAUUCAAAUGCGAAGGAACUUAAAUCCCAUUUAGCUAGUGGUUCCCUUGUCAAAUCAUUGCUUAGUGUCAGUACUAGAGGCCGACUUGCUGUUGGAGAGGGUGAUAAAGUAGCUAUAUUUGAUGUCGGCCAGCUGAUUGGACAGGCAACUAUUGCACCUAUUACUGCAGACAAGGCUAAUGUGAAGCCUCUGUCAAAGAAUGUUGUACGAUUUGAGAUUGUACAUCUUGCUUUUAACCCAUUAGUUGAGAAUUAUCUUGCUGUGGCAGGCUAUGAAGACUGCCAGGUACUUACUGUAAGUCAUCGUGGGGAGGUCACAGAUCGUCUUGCAAUUGAACUUGCACUUCAAGGUGCCUAUAUAAGGCGUGUAGAAUGGGUUCCUGGGUCUCAAGUGCAGCUUAUGGUAGUCACAAACAAAUUUGUCAAGAUAUAUGAUCUCUCUCAGGACAAUAUCAGUCCUAUGCACUACAUUACCUUGCAUGACGACACUAUCAUGGAUGCAACACUUGCUGUGGUUUCCCAAGCAAGAGUUUUUCUUAUCGUCCUUUCUGAACUUGGUUGCUUAUUCAGGCUAGAAUUGUCGAAUGAAGGAAAUGCUGGUGCAAAAACAUUAAAAGAAACAGUGGAAACUCCCGGCAGGGAAACACAUGCAAAGGGUUCCUCUUUGUACUUCUCAUCAACUUACAAGUUGUUAUUCGCAUCAUAUCAAGAUGGAACAACCUUAGUUGGCAGGCUCGAUCACGGUGCAUCAUCUCUAUCUGAGAUAUCUGCUGUUUAUGAGGAUGAACAAGAUGGCAAGCAUCGUCCGGCGGGGUUGCAUCGUUUCAAGGAGUUACUUGUUGGCAGUGGCUUAUUUGUUUGCUUCUCAAGUGUGAAAUCCAAUGCGGCCCUGGCUGUUUCGAUUGGAGAGCAUGAAGUUCUUGCACAGAACAUGCGGAAUGGAGUGUAUUCAACCUCAGUGUUAGUGGGUAUAACAGCAUAUAAGCCUUUAUCCAAAGAUAAAAUUCACUGUCUCGUUUUGCAUGAUGAUGGCAGUCUCCAGAUAUAUACACAUGUUCCUGUUGGGGUUGAAGCUGGUGCAAAUGUGAUUCCAGAUAAGGUUAAGAAGUUAGGAUCUGACAUACUCAAUAGCAAAGCUUAUGCUAGUUUGAAGCCGGAGUUUCCACUUGAUUUCUUUGAGAAAACUGUAUGCAUAACAUCCGAUGUGAAGUUAAGUGGUGAUGCCAUCAGGAAUGGGGAUUCUGAAGGUGCAAAACAGAGCUUGGCAUCAGAAGAUGGAUUUCUUGAGAGUCCUACGCCUGCAGGGUUUAAGGUGACUGUUUCCAAUUUGAAUCCUGACAUAGUCAUGGUUGGGUUUCGUGUCCAUGUGGGGAAUACAUCAGCAAAUCAUAUACCAUCUGAUAUUACCAUUCUUCAGAGAGUUAUAAAACUAGAUGAGGGCAUGAGGUCUUGGUAUGACAUCCCAUUUACUGUUGCAGAAUCACUCCUGGCUGAUGAAGAAAUUACAAUAUCUAUAGGACCAACCUUUAAUAGAUCAACUUUACCCAGAAUAGACACCCUGGAAAUUUAUGGUCGAGCGAAGGAUGAAUUUGGUUGGAAGGAGAAGAUGGAUGCUGUACUGGAUAUGGAGGCUCGUGUGCUUGGGAGCAGCUCCUGGGUUGCAGGAUCUGGGAAGAAACGUCGUACUUGUCAAGCAGCACCUAUUGAGGAGCAGGUGGUUGCAGAUGGACUCAACCUUCUGUCAAAGUUAUACACGCUUUGUGAGCCACAAGGAUGUUUAAAUGUGGAUGAAGUAAAAGCAGAGAUCAGCAAGUUGAAGUGCAAGCAGUUGUUGGAAACGAUAUUCGAAAGUGACCGGGAACCUUUGUUGCAGGCUGGUGCAUGUCGUGUUCUUCAGGCUGUGUUCCCUAAAAAAGAAAUAUAUUAUCAAGUUAAGGACACCAUGCGCCUUCUGGGGGUGGUGAAAUCAACUUCCACACUGUUGUCGAGGCUGGGAAUUGGAGGAAGUACAUCAGGGUGGAUCAUUGAAGAGUUUACAGCUCAGAUGCAUGCAGUUUCAAAGAUUGCACUCCAUCGUCGUUCUAACUUGGCUACAUUUCUUGAAACACAUGGUUCGGAGGUGGUUGAUGGGCUUAUGCAGGUUCUGUGGGGAAUUUUGGACAUAGAGCAGCCUGAAACACAGACAAUGAACAACAUUGUUAUAGCAUCCGUGGACCUCAUUUACUCUUAUGCCGAGUGUUUGGUUUCACAUGAAAAAGAUGCAGGGGGUGAUACUGUUGCGCCUGCUGUUUCUCUUUUUAAGAAACUUUUGUUCUCUCAAAAUGAGGCUGUUCAGACUUCUAGCAGCUUGGCCAUAUCUUCAAGGUUACUUCAGGUUCCAUUUCCGAAGCAAACUAUGUUAGGUACAGAUGACGCAGUGGACAGUGCAAGCGCCGCUUCUGCACGCGCUGAUGUUGCUAGUUCAACUGGUGGAAAUGCUCGGAUUAUGGUUGAGGAAGACUCCAUCACUUCAUCUGUUCAAUACUGUUGCGAUGGCUGCUCCACAGUUCCUAUACUCAGGAGGAGAUGGCACUGCACCGUCUGCCCUGAUUUUGAUUUAUGUGAAGCCUGCUAUGAAAUGCUUGAUGCAGACCGGCUUCCUCCGCCUCAUUCACGAGAGCAUCUGAUGUCUGCCAUUCCAAUUGAAGUUGAAACAUAUGGUGGAGAAGGCAAUGAGAUGCAGUUCUCAACUGAUGAUCUAAAUGAUCCAUGUUUGCUCCCAGUUGCUUCUGAUGUUGGCAUGCCGACCUCUGCUCCUGCAAUCCAUGUCUUGGAUACUAUUGAAUCUGGAGAGUUCCCAUCUUCAGUCACCGAUCCUGUUACAAUUUCUGCAUCAAAAAGGGCUAUAAAUUCUUCAAUUCUUUCGGAGUUCCUUAAACUUCUAAAAGGAUGGAUGGAGACUACAUCUGGUGUUCGGGCUAUCCCAGUUAUGCAGCUCUUCUACAGGUUAUCUUCUGCAGUAGGUGGACCUUUUGUUGACAGCUCAAGGCCUGAAAGUUUAGAUCUGGAGAAGUUGAUAAAAUGGUUUUUAGAUGAAAUUUCAGUUAACAAACCAUUUGCAGCGAAAUCCCGUUCUUCUUUUGGGGAGGUCACUAUCCUGGUCUUUAUGUUCUUUACGUUGAUGCUGCGAAACUGGCAUCAACCUGGUGGUGAUGGUUCAAUAGCAAAAACAGGUGGAUCAACGGAUUCACAUGACAAAAGCAUUAUCCAGAUUUCUUCUUCUGCUCCUGUUACUUCCUCCUCCGCAGUGGAUGACCAAGAGAAAAAUAGUUUUCAUUCCCAACUGCUUCGAGCUUGUGGAGCUCUUCGGCAACAAGAUUUUGUUAAUUACCUUAUGGAUAUUUUACAACAACUGAUGCAUGUUUUUAAGUCGCCAUCUGUUGGUUUUGGUUCUUCGCACGGUGCUAACUCUGGUUCAGGAUGCGGGGCUCUGUUAACUGUCCGCAGAGAGAUACCAGCGGGAAACUUAUCUCCAUUCUUCUCUGACUCGUAUGCAAAGUCUCAUCGCUCAGACAUGUUUGCGGACUACCACAGAUUAUUGUUAGAGAACACUUUUAGACUAGUCUACAGCUUGGUUCGCCCGGAAAAGCACGACAAGGCCAUUGAAAAAGAGAAGUUCUUCAAAAUUCCAUCUGGGAAGGAUCUGAAGCUUGAUGGGUAUCAGGAUGUUCUUUGCAGUUAUAUCAAUAACGUUAAUACAACUUUCGUAAGAAGGUAUGCUAGGAGGCUUUUCUUGCACCUGUGCGGUAGCAAAACACACUAUUAUAGCAUUAGAGAUUCCUGGCAGUUUUCAAGUGAAGUUAAGAAGCUGUACAAACACAUAAAGAAGUCAGGUGGAUUUCAAAGUACACUCUCCUAUGAGAGGAGUGUCAAGAUAGUGAAAUGCUUGUCUACCAUGGCUGAAGUAGCUUCUUCACGUCCCAGAAACUGGCAGAAAUAUUGUUUGAGGCAUGGUGAUGUUUUGCGUUUUCUUGUAAAUGGUGUGUUCUAUUUCCCAGAAGAAUGCGUCUCUCAGGCUCUUAAACUCCUUAAUUUGUCCUUCUACAAUGGGAAGGAUAUUAGCCUGUCGUUGCAGAAAAUUGAUGGAGGUGACACUGUUACUGGAACUAGUUCGAGCAAAUCAGGGCCACAAUCCUUUGAUUCAAAGAAGAAAAAGAAAGGUGAGGAUGGGGUGGAAUCUGGUUUGGAUAAGUCAUACAUGGAUAUGGAGCCAAUGGUGGAUAUUUUUGCUGACAAAGGGUAUGAUAUCUUGAGGCAGUUUAUUGAUUGUUUUUUACUCGAGUGGAACUCCAGCUCUGUCCGAGUGGAAGCCAAAUGUGUACUAUAUGGAGCCUGGCAUCAUGGAAAGCAAUCAUUCAAGGAAACAAUGUUGAUGAUUCUUUUGGAGAAAGUGAAGUACUUACCUAUGUAUGGUCAGAAUAUUAUGGAGUAUACAGAGCUUGUCACUUGUUUGUUAGGGAGGAUACCUGAUAACGGUACAAAGCAACAGAGCAAUGAAAUUGUAGACCGAUGCUUAACUUCUGAUGUAAUCAAGUGCAUCUUUGAUACACUUCACUUGCAAAAUGAGCUCUUGGCAAACCAUCCCAACUCACGUAUAUACAACACUUUGAGUGGAUUGGUGGAGUUCGAUGGUUACUAUUUGGAGAGCGAGCCUUGUGUUGCCUGCAGCUGCCCUGAGCUUCCUUACAGUAGAAUGAAGUUAGAAAGUCUGAAGUCAGAAACAAAAUUCACCGACAACCGCAUAAUAGUGAAGUGCACAGGGAGCUACACCAUUCAAAGUGUGACCAUGAAUGUUCAUGAUGCUCGCAAAUCUAAGUCGGUGAAGGUCUUGAACUUGUAUUACAACAAUAGACCUGUAGCUGACUUGGCGGAGCUGAAAAACAAUUGGGCCUUGUGGAAGCGUGCAAAGAUAUGUCAUCUUGCUUUCAAUCAGACUGAGCUGAAAGUGGAUUUCCCUAUUCCCAUCACUGCAUGUAACUUCAUGAUCGAACUUGAUUCCUUUUACGAGAAUCUUCAGGCUCUAUCUCUUGAACCAUUGCAAUGCCCGCGCUGCAGUCGUCCUGUCACUGAUAGACAUGGAAUCUGUGGUAAUUGUCAUGAGAAUGCUUAUCAAUGCAGGCAAUGCCGCAACAUCAAUUAUGAAAACCUGGAUUCAUUUCUAUGUAAUGAGUGCGGUUAUAGCAAGUAUGGCCGUUUUGAAUUCAAUUUCAUGGCAAAACCGAGUUUCACGUUUGACGACAUGGAGAAUGAUGAUGAUAUGAAGAAGGGGUUGGCUGCUAUUGAAUCUGAAUCUGAGAAUGCUCAUAGGAGAUAUCAGCAGCUUUUGGGCUUUAAAAAACCUCUACUGAAGAUUGUAUCAAGCAUUGGUGAGAAUGAUAUGGACUCUCAACAGAAGGAUUCUGUUCAGCAAAUGAUGGUAUCUUUGCCUGGCCCUUCAUGUAAGAUUAACCGUAAGAUUGCACUUCUUGGUGUUCUCUAUGGUGAAAAAUGCAAAGCCGCUUUUGAUUCAGUCAGCAAAAGUGUUCAGACCCUUCAAGGGCUUCGAAGGGUUUUAAUGAGUUACUUGCAUCAAAAACAUUCUGAUGGCACUGUUGCCUCUUCCAGACUAAUUGUUUCCAGGUCACCAAACAGCUGUUAUGGUUGUGCCACCGUGUUUGUUACACAGUGUCUUGAGAUGCUACAGGUGUUAUCAAAACACCCAAGUUCUAAGAGGCAACUGGUGGCUGCUGGAAUUCUAUCAGAGUUAUUUGAGAAUAAUAUCCAUCAAGGUCCCAAAACAGCUCGUGUCCAAGCCAGGGCAGCACUUUGUGCCUUCUCUGAAGGUGACAGGAAUGCAGUUACUGAGUUGAAUGCUCUUAUUUUGAAGAAGGUAAUGUAUUGUCUCGAACAUCAUCGCUCAAUGGAUAUUGCACUUGCAACACGUGAAGAGUUACUUUUGCUUUCCGAGGUGUGCUCUUUGGCUGAUGAAUUUUGGGAGUCAAGAUUACGGGUCGUUUUCCAGCUAUUGUUCUCUUCCAUUAAAUUGGGUGCCAAGCAUCCUUCAAUAUCUGAACAUGUUAUUCUCCCUUGUUUGAGGAUUAUAUCACAGGCAUGCACUCCUCCAAAACCCGAUUCAUCAGACAAGGAGCAAGGAGGAGGAAAACCUGGCCCAGUGCCACUGCAAAAGGAUGAAAAUAGACCAUCAAGUGUUGUCAGUGGGAGCAAGUCUCUGCCUGAUUCAUCAGAGAAGAACUGGGACGGUUCUCAGAAGACUUAUGAUAUUCAGUUGUUAAGUUAUUCAGAGUGGGAAAGGGGUGCUUCGUAUCUUGAUUUUGUUAGGCGGCAUAAAGUGUCACAGGCAACCAGACCUGGGCAGAGGUCGCGGCCUCAGAGGUAUGAGUUCCUCGCUUUAAAGUAUUCUCUGAGAUGGAAACGAAAUGCUUUCAAGACUGGUAAAAGUGAAAUAGCAUCCUUUGAACUGGGUUCAUGGGUUACAGAACUGGUUCUUAGUGCUUGUUCUCAAUCUAUAAGAUCGGAGAUGUGCAUGUUGAUCAGUCUGCUUUGUGCCCAAAGUUCGUCAAGACGGUUUCGGCUACUAAAUUUACUCAUGUCUUUGUUGCCUGCAACUCUUUCUGCUGGUGAAAAUGCUGCUGAGUAUUUUGAAUUGCUCUUCAAGAUGAUAGAGUCAGAAGAUGCACGUCUUUUCUUGACUGUACGCGGAUGUCUGACUACAAUAUGUAAGUUGAUUACGCAAGAGGUAAGUAAUGUUGAAUCUUUGGAGAGAAGCCUGCGUAUUGACAUCUCACAGGGAUUCAUCCUUCACAAGCUUAUUGAGCUCCUAGGAAAAUUUUUGGAUGUUCCCAAUAUCAGAUCCAGGUUCAUGAGAGAAAAGCUGCUCUCUGAAGUCCUUGAGGCCCUCAUUGUCAUCAGGGGAUUGAUAGUGCAAAAAACGAAGUUGAUAAGUGAUUGCAGUCGACUUCUAAAAGAUCUCCUGGAUAGUCUUUUGCUGGAAAGUGCUGAAAAUAAAAAGCAUUUCAUCCAAGCUUGCAUUUGCGGUCUGCAGAUUCAUGGAGAAGAGAAAAAAGGACGAAAUAAUUUGUUCAUUCUGGAGCAACUAUGUAACCUGAUCUGCCCAUCAAAACCUGAAGCUGUUUAUCAUUUGAUACUGAACAAGGCACACACCCAAGAGGAGUUCAUCCGGGGUUCAAUGACCAGAAAUCCUUAUUCCAGUGCUGAGAUAGGUCCAUUGAUGCGUGAUGUUAAAAACAAAAUUUGUAACCAGCUGGAUCUCUUGGGUCUUAUCGAGGAUGAUUAUGGUAUGGAACUGCUAGUAGCUGGGAAUAUAAUCUCCCUUGAUUUGAGCAUUGCCCAAGUUUAUGAGCAAGUUUGGAAAAAAUCAAGUAGCCAAUCCGCAAAUGCUGUUGCUGCCUCUACAUUACUUUCUUCCAGCACCGGCACGUCAACAAAAGACUUUCCCCCUAUGAACGUAACCUACAGGCUUCAGGGGUUGGAUGGUGAAGCUACGGAGCCCAUGAUCAAAGAAUUGGAUGAGGACAGAGAAGAGUCCCAAGAUCCUGAGGUGGAGUUCGCAAUAGCGGGGGCGGUUCGGGAGUGUGGGGGGCUGGAAAUUCUGUUGGAAAUUGUUCAGCGUUUGCGAGAUGAUCUGAAGUCAAACCAGGAGCAACUAGUGGCCGUUCUGAAUCUUCUAAUGCACUGCUGCAAAAUAAGAGAAAACCGGAGGGCCUUGUUGAGGCUUGGAGCUUUAAGCUUACUCCUUGAAAUCGCACGACGUGCAUUCUCCGUUGAUGCCAUUGAGCCAGCUGAAGGCAUUCUUCUAAUUGUGGAGAGUUUGACAAUGGAAGCUAAUGAAAGUGACAACAUUAACAUCACACAAAAUGCUCUUACUGUCUCCAAUGAAGAAACCGGUACUGGGGAGCAGGCAAAGAAAAUAGUGCUUAUGUUCCUUGAAAGGCUGUCUCACCCACCAGGCCUUAAAAAGUCAAGCAAACAGCAGAGGAACACCGAGAUGGUUGCUAGAAUUUUGCCUUACUUGACCUAUGGUGAACCUGCUGCAAUGGAAGCACUCAUUCAACACUUCGAUCCUCACCUAAAGAAUUGGGUCGAAUUUGACCAGCUGCAGAAACAGCAUCUAGAAAAUCCGAAGGACGAGAGUGUCUCUCUGCAGGCAUCAAAACAGAGGUUUGCAGUCGAGAACUUUGUUAGGGUUUCAGAGUCGCUGAAAACAAGUUCUUGUGGGGAGAGACUAAAGGAUAUCAUAUUAGAAACUGGGAUUACUGAAGUUGCAGUUAGACAUCUGAGGGAGAGCUUUGGGUUUACCGGAGAGGCUGGAUUUAAAUCUAGUCCCGAAUGGGUUUCGGGCUUAAAACUUCCAUCUGUUCCUCUUCUACUUUCCAUGCUCAGGGGGUUGUCAAUGGGGCACUUGGCAACACAAAAGUGUAUCGAUGAAGGAGGAAUAUUAUCUUUGCUCCAUGCGUUGGAAGGUGUCCCUGGAGAAAAUGAUAUCGGAGCGAGGGCUGAAAACUUGUUGGAUACCCUCUCAGAUAAGGAGGGAAAAGGUGACGGGUUCCUGGCUGAGAAGGUUCUAGGGUUGCGGCAUGCCACAAGGGAUGAAAUGAGACGCCGUGCUCUAAUGAAGAGAAAGGAAUUGCUUCAGGGACUUGGGAUGCGUCAAGAAUUGGCUUCUGAUGGUGGGAAACGAAUAGUUGUUGCUCAGCCAAUCCUUGAAGGUUUGGAAGAGAUGGAAGAGGAGGAAGAUGGGUUGGCUUGUAUGGUAUGCCGAGAGGGAUAUAGUCUUAGACCAAUGGACUUACUUGGUGUCUACACGUUCAGUAAGAGGGUGAAUCUGGGUGUCGGGACUUCAGGAAGUGCUCGUGGUGAUUGCGUUUAUACGAYCGUUAGCCAUUUCAACAUCAUACAUUUCCAGUGCCACCAGGAGGCCAAGAGAGCAGAUGCAGCACUAAAGAAUCCGAAGAAGGAAUGGGAUGGGGCCGCCCUCCGAAACAACGAGACACUUUGCAAUAAUCUGUAUCCGUUAAGAGGCCCUGCUGUUCCUCUUGCUCAAUAUACGCGUUAUGUUGAUCAGUACUGGGAUUACCUCAACGCCCUUGGACGUGCUGAUGGAAGUCGACUUCGGUUGUUGACUUAUGAUAUAGUUCUGAUGCUUGCACGAUUCGCGACGGGUGCGUCAUUCAGCACUGACAGCCGAGGUGGCGGAAAAGAGAGCAACUCAAAAUUCCUUCCGUUCAUGAUCCAGAUGGCUCGUUAUCUUCUCGAUCAUGAUUCUUCUCAACGACACAAUGUCGCCAAGUCUGUGGGAUCAUAUCUUGCCUCUUCCUCACCGGAAUCCAAAUCCCCCACCGCUCCUUCUGUCGGAACAGAGGAAACCGUUCAGUUUAUGAUGGUCAGUUCCCUUCUUUCCGAAUCUUACGAAUCUUGGUUGCAACACCGCCGUGCUUUCUUGCAGCGCGGUAUAUACCAUGCAUACAUGCAGCGGACUCAUGGCAGAUCAACCCAUCACUCAUCACCAUCACCAUCAUCUUCACCUUCACCAUCGUCAUCAUUAUCAUCGCCAUCUACUCCCACGAAGUCUGAUGGAGCAAAACCAGAGGAACUGCUGACGAUAAUCCAGCCGAUGCUCGUUUACACAGGUUUAAUCGAGCAGCUUCAACGAUACUUCAAGGUGCAAAAGAAAUCCGUUGCCAAUGCAGGAGGAGACGAGUCAAAAGAGUCGUCGGGGGAGAACGAAGAGAAGAAGUUGGAAGGUUGGGAGGUGGUGAUGAAGGAGAAACUAUUGAAUGUGAAAGAGAUGGUAGGGUUUUCGAAGGAGAUGUUAUCGUGGUUGGACGACAUGACUUCGGCCACCGAUUUACAGGAGGCAUUUGAUGUGAUCGGUGUUCUGGCAGACGUGAUGUCGAGCCGAUCGGGGAAUUGCGAGGAGUUUGUGUAUGCUGCAAUUGAUGCUGGAAAAGGCUGAAGUGUAUCCAUGGCUGUGUUGUUGCCUGUUGGUAUGUAAAUUUUUCGAUGAAAUUUUGAGUCCCAGCCUAAAAUUGCUCAUAUUUUAAUGUUGUGGGGAUGAAAUUACUUUCUACUCCAAAAUAUUCACAUGUGAUGAUGAUAUUGUUGUGUAUUCUUUCACCAUCUUGAAAUCUAUAUCCCAAAAGUUGCGUGC